UGUGAGUCCACCGUGUGGAAUUAUUCCGUGUCGGGACAGGAGAAGAUGAACUCCUUGGACGCGCAGAUCCACCACAGCUCUGCCCCAUCCGCGAGUCCUCUCCAGCCCAAAAGUGCGCACGACGCUUCAGACAUGGCUGUGUACUGCGAUAACUUCAUGUACCAUCAGCAAAGUGUAGCGGGGGCGCAGCGACCAGCCGGAUACGGGAUCGGUGAGUACGCAGCCACCCCGAAUCCUUACCUGUGGCUCAACACUCCAGGAGUCAACUCCUCUCCGUCAUACCUGCACGGGAACAGCAACCCGUCCUUCAUCGCCCCGUCCUACGGCUCUCAGAGGCAGUACCUGGCCAACUCUCCUGGUUUUGGUGGACCAGACCUGGGCUGGCUCUCCAUCGCCAGUCAGGAGGAGCUGCUGAAGCUGGUGCGCCCACCUUACUCCUACUCAGCGCUCAUAGCCAUGGCUAUCCAGAACGCACACGAUAAGAAGCUCACCCUCAGCCAGAUCUAUCAGUAUGUAGCGGACAAUUUCCCCUUUUAUAAGAAGAGCAAGGCUGGCUGGCAGAAUUCAAUCAGACACAACCUGUCCCUGAAUGACUGCUUCAAGAAAGUGCCCCGGGAUGAGGAUGAUCCAGGAAAGGGAAACUACUGGACUUUGGAUCCCAACUGUGAAAAGAUGUUUGACAAUGGAAACUUUCGCAGAAAAAGAAAGCGGAGAUCAGAUGCAGGUACUGGGAUCUCUAACAGCACUAAACCUGAGGACAGCCGAGCGCUCACAGGUGCAAAAUCCGGCUCCGAAAGUGCGCACCUGGGUGGGACAAUGUCUCCGGAUAUGGACACAUCAGCCAAUGAGAGCCACAGAAGUGCAUCUCCUACAGGCCCUGUCUCAGCACCCUGCUUCAACAGCUUCUUCAGCACCAUGUCUAGUGUGAGCUCAGCUUCUUCUCCAGCAGUAAGACAGGGAUCACUGGGGCUGAUUGGAGAGAUCUCCAGUAGGAACAUAACCGCUCUGAGUCCGUAUCACUCAACUUCUGCGCCUGAUGCUGCGCCACCCGCAGAACAUAAUGAACACAGCUUGCAUUCCAAUAGGGCUGCGUAUUCGAGCGCGUUUGGUGGCGCUCAGAGUGCACAGUACAACGGCCACUUCUAUAACAGUUUCAGUGUGAACAGUCUGAUAUACCCAAGAGAGGGGACGGAGCUAUAAUAAAGAAACUUACAU